AUGGCGCCAAGUCCGAUUGCUGUCGGGGGCCUCCUGGGGCAGGUGGUUCAUUAUCACCUCGACAACGGCUCAUACGACAAUGCACUCUUCUUUGCUGAACGAUACGCCGCGCAAGAUUCUCGAUCAAGUGAAGCCGCCCAUCUCCUGUCACUAUGCCACCUCCGACUUGGCGACCACCGAUCCGCCUACGACGUCAGCAAGCCGGCGGGAUAUCGCGGCGUGAACUUGGGCUGCAGUUGGGUCUUCGCCCAAGCCUGCUUAGCGCUAGAGCGAUUCAAGGACGGCAUCACAGCUUUGGAUAAGGCUAAAAGCCUGUGGUCGCAGAAAAACACCAUGGGCAAGCACAGCGCGACCACUCGAUCUGCGUAUCCCGACGCUCCUGCGGUUCUUUGCCUGCUGGGGAAGCUGUACCGCGGCUACGACGAUAACAAGAGAGCCGUGAGCUCUUUUGAGGAUGCGUUGAAGCUCAACGCCUUUCAAUGGGACGCCUUCAGGGCCUUAUGCGACAUGGGCGUUAAGACCCGAGUGCCAAACAUCUUCAAAGCCAGCGACGGCUUAUUGCAGAAUCUUGGUCAGGACUCGACUACGUUGGUACAUGUCGAGCUGAGCCAGAGCAGCAUCACCACCCCGACCUCCUUUGAACAGCCUCCUCCAAAAAAGUCGUCUAUGAGAUCUAUGGCGUCUGACAUGACCGCUGAUCCGUUCGGCGUUAGCUUUUCCGCCGGAGACAUGACUCCCAUGUCCGAGAACACGCUGAUAAACUCAGAGAGCGACUUUAUUUCCAAGAUGCACAGUUCGAAGCUUAGGCUUGCCAACUCUGCCAACAAUCACCAAUCCGAAAUGGAAGGCCUUGAGACCCCAACAGGGCCACCGGUGGAGGCGAUGAUGUCCCGGUCUAAUAACCUGCAGGAACCACCCCAUGCGCCCACGAGGAGGACCCGUAACAUCCAGCACAUGGACCAGACGCUUGAGGCACCGCCACGAAUGAAUUACCGAGUAGGAUCGAAACGAAACGCCGUCACGCGGGAGAAGAGCAACAGCCAAGAACAGCCGAUGGAGCCCAUCUCAGAUGCCCCCAGCGCUCCUACCGGAAACUCGCGAUCUGGCGUCAUUUCGACAACUGAUAGGAAACGAACGCUGGCCGGCCAUCCGGUAUCACGAUCAGCCAACAACGAGGAGCAUGCAACCAGACGAAGUGCCCGAUUGAUAAAGCCGUCGGCCAAGACGAACUCGGCAACACCAGCUCCUACAGGGCCCCCUGCUGGACGAGAGUUGAAAAAGGCUAGACCCCCGGUCUCUCGAAUCGUCCGGCCGGGUUCUAGCGGCUCCAACAACGUCGGAAAGGUCAUUAGCGGCAACCGGAACCGACUGGAAGACCACAACGGCGACGGAGAAUACGGAGAGAUGGGCAAGGUUCAGGAGGCCCCGCCUCAUCCGGUCCCCAAGAUUGCUGAGCCUGAUACGGCAAGGCUCGAAGAGGCUUUGAGAUGGGUAAUGGAUUUGAUGAAGAAGCUGGGGAGCGGGUACUAUUUCCUGUCCCAGUUCCAGUGCCAAGAGGCUGUGCAGGCGCUGAGUUCACUGCCUGCGGUUCAUCAAAGCUCGCCCUCGGUUCUGGCGCUGAUGGGACGUGCGCACUACGAGCAGGCAUCAUACGCCGAGGCCGAGAAGUACUUUCGGAGAAUGCGAGCACAGGCUCCGUCGCGGCUGGAAGAUAUGGAAGUAUAUUCUACCGUUCUCUGGCACCUGAAGCGGGAGGCGGAGCUCUCUUUCUUGGCUCACGAACUCGUGGAUGCCUCAUGGCACUCCCCUCAGGCAUGGUGUGCCCUGGGCAAUGCCUGGUCUCUAGCACGAGACCCUGAACAGGCGCUCAAGUGCUUCAAGAGGGCCACACAGCUGGAUCCAAAGUUUGCAUACGGCUUCACGCUGCAGGGACACGAGCACGUAACCAACGAAGAAUACGACAAGGCCCUCACGACCUAUCGGCAGGCCAUCUCGGCAGACAAGAGGCAUUACAACGCUUACUACGGCAUCGGCAAAGUCCAACAGCGCCUGGGCGCUUACGACAAGGCCCUCACGCACUACCAGGCCGCCCAUCUCAUCAACCCCAACAACGCGGUUCUAGUAACAUGUAUCGGAACGGCACUCGAGAAGCAGAAGCAAAUCUUACCCGCCAUACGUGCUUACUGCAAGGCCGUUGAGCUUGCCCCUCGCGCUGGCCAGGCACGAUACAAGAAAGCAAAAGCUUUACUCGACAUUGGGCAGAAUGAGGAGGCGCGGAAGGAGCUUAUUAUCUUGAAGGAUCUAGCCCCUGACGAAAGCACGGUGCACUUUCUUCUUGCGCAGAUGUACAAGAGAAUGAAUGAGAAGCAGGAGGCGGUCCGCCACUAUACUAUUGCUUUGGCAUUGGAUCCAAAGUCUGGUCCGUCGAUUAAGGAGGCGAUUGAGAGUUUUGAGGACGAUAUACCAAUGGACGACUCACUGAUUUGA